AUGGCCAAACCACCGGCUUUCACAAACACCAGGGUUUUGAUAAUCGGCGGAGGUAUUAGUGGUAUGGCCAUGGCCAUUGAGCUCAUCACGCGAUAUAGCAUCCGAGAAAUUGUGAUCAUUGAGAAGAGUGGCGGCUUCGGAGGUACUUGGCGAGACAAUGUCUAUCCUGGCGCGGCAUGCGAUGUUUUCAGCUCAUUGUACUCCUACUCUUUCGCUCAAAAAUUCGAUUUCACAAGGACGUUGCCUGGUCAGGAGGAGAUACUGACCUAUCUGACAGACGUGGCUCAAGAAUACAAACUAUAUCAGCAUGCCCGCUUCAAUAGUUCUGUUCGCAAAAUGGAGUGGAACGACGACCAGCUCAAGUGGUAUACGACUGUUACUAUCGAUGGUGGUAAGGACUCUGAAUAUAGCACUUCGUACGAAGUUGUGAGUGACUAUGUGAUUUCCGCGAUCGGACAAUUAUGCAAGCCAAAGGGGUUCGACAUACCUGGUUUGGCGGGUUUUGAAGGCAGAGUCAUGCAUACUGCACGCUGGGAUAGAGGCUUGGACUUAACUGGUAAGAAGGUGGCAAUCGUUGGCACAGGUGCGACAAGUGCUCAAGUAGUCCCAGAAAUAGCGCCAAUCACAAAGCACCUUACUGUAUGCCAACGAAAUCCUGGCUUCGUUAUCCCACGACACGACAACGAGCUUUCCCCAUGGCAGCGAUGGUUGAGAGCAAACGUGCCUCUUGUGAGGAAAAGAAUAAGGGCAGAGAACAUGAACUUCCGAGAGCUUUUCCACCAAGCGGUUACACAAGCUGAUUCGAAAUAUGCGGACCUGAUGCGACAGAUGAACAACGGACUUCUGGAGAAACAGCUGAGUGAUCGUCCCGACUUACAAGAGAAGGUCAAGCCGCGGUACAAUCCCGGUUGCAAACGCACGGUAAUAACCAAUGACUACUACCCGACUUUGAAGCGACCGAACGUCGAUCUAGAGACAUCAGAAAUCGAAAAGCUUACCAAAAAUGGUAUCAAGUUUCAGGGUAUUGACGAAGUAAGAGAUAUCGACGUUCUGAUUCUUGCAACGGGCUUCGACACAUUCAACUUCUUAGGUGACUUGCACAUCGUUGGCCGCGAAGGUCAGACGCUCGAUCAAAUAUGGCCUAAUGGUGUUGCAAAGGCACUCAAAGGCAUUGCCAUACCUGAAAUUCCGAAUUUUGGCAUGCUUUAUGGGCCGAAUACAAAUCUUAGUCACAACUCGUUGAUCUUGGUAAUAGAGGCUCAAGCACGAUGUCUUGCAGCUAUGAUCAACAGAGUGUUUACAGUGCGCAGGAACGCCGGCAAUGGCACAUUGGCUGUAUGGCCGAAGAAGGAAGUAACAGAGCGUCAUUGGGAGAAGCUGCAAGAUAGGCUUCAGAACACAAGCUUUUCUGAUCCUGCCUGCAGUAGUUGGUGGAAACGACACGACGGUAUAAUCGUGAACAACUGGCCGGGAACAGCUAUCGACUACCAGCGUCUGUUGGAAGAGAUCAAGUGGCAGGAUUUCGAUGCCACCGGCUCGGCAAAGUCAGCUUUCAACUCUGAGGUGAGCAAAAGCGGCUCUCAGACUGUACCGCGUGUAAUGGAAGAGGCAUGGUUAAGUCGCUCGAGUCUAUUGGCUAUUGUCCUUGGUGGGCUCGCAGCUGGUGUGACCUUGCAUCGUAUGUGGAGGCUUCAAUGUAUGUGA